UGGAACCACUGAGCUAAAUCCCUGGCCCCAAAUUGGCUUUUUAAGCAACCCAGUCCACUUCCACUGGCCAGGUAGGAGCAGCUAUUCUUCACCCCACUGCCAGCAAUGCAUGGAUACAAAUUCCCUUAGUAGUCACCAAGUUGCUCCAGAAUAGUCAAAACUAUGGGGUACCAGUGUUUUUGUGGCCAUCUGUACUUCCUUCUCUGGGCCCUUGCUUCUCAUUGAACUCUGUGACUCCCCGGGCUGUGUCUAGCUGUGGGGUUUCAGUGCCAGAGCCCUGCUGGUGGUGGGCUGGAGGGAGGAUGGAGUGGGGACAGAGGGGACUCAAGGGAGUGAGUUUCCAGGGACUGGAACUAAGGGAGGCUGCAGGGUGGCUUGGUUCUGGAAUCCUCUGAAGAGGCCUGGCAGGCUGGGUGAGUCUUCUAUGGGGGGCAGGGGAAGAAAAGCAGCGUCCUUGGAAGGUACAGCUGGGAGGUGACACCUUCCUGCUUCUCCUUUUGUCCCCUCCCUUCGCACAGUGCAGGGGGAAGAGGGGGGAGGGCCCCGGCUAGGUGGGGCAAAGGUGAGCUGCUCCAGGCAGGCCCGGCAGAUAGCUACAUCCGUUGGAUUGGGGCUGGGUGUUACUGAGCACGCCUCACUGCAGCUGCCGCCAUUCCCCAUCCUGCCCCGGCACCUGCUCUGACCCCAGCUCCGGGACUAGCCUUGUCCGCCGGGCCCAUGCUGCUGCCCGGACUCCUCGGCCUCCUCUGGAUGCUCAGGGCCCCCCUGGGGGCCACAGGAACCCUGUCGGUGGCCUCUAAACCUCCCUUCUCUGCUCUCAGCCAUGCCACGAGCACCCAGGCAGCAACACAGCCGCCACCCAAUUCCCCUGUUCCUCGCGACCGGGAAAAUACACCCACGUCUCUCACCAAGGCCACUUCUGAAACACCUCUCAGUUCUCCGGUCCCUUCCGAAGCUUCAACAACCCCCAAAUUUGUCAUUAGGGUUGAAACCACUCCCCCUACCCUCUUGGUCUACACGCCCAACACUGAGUGUGUGAAUCCUCCCAGGCUUGGAGUCACGUCCACCUACUCCACCACCACCUGUGUGCCCAGGACCCCUGUGCCCCACUCUGGCUCUUCCUACACUAUGACUCUUGGGACAGACAAGCCAGUGACACCUACCACCAGCCCCGCUACCACCAUGAUCUCUCCUCCCACGGUGGAGGACCCACCCUCCACCUCAGGCCCACUCCCAGAUACAACCCGCCACUCUUUAACCUCUACAACACGGGCCACAGAACGGACCACACUGCUCCCAUCUAGCGUUCACAGGGUGUCUCCGAUCCUGGGAACCACCUCUGUGUCUGCUGCUAUCUCUUCUUUAACUCCUACAAAACCUGUCUCAGUCACUGCUAGCACACAUACAGGACUCCUCUCUACUCCACUCACCCCUGGUACAUUAUCUACUAUGGCUGUACCCACCGCAACGCCCACUAUUACCAGGAUAUCCUCAGAAACUACAUCUACAGGACCACCUGCAACCACAGCAGCAACAAGUCAGACGACAGUCACCACCCCCAGUGGCACAUACACUGGACAACCCACACUUAGGCACACAUCUGAUUUUUCCACAGCAUCUCUCAAGAGAGAAAGUAUUUUCACUACACUGAAUGCUUCUUCAAAAGCCACUAAAAAUGCACUGUUUUCUGAGACAUCCAGCACCUCUCCUGUAUCAACAGCCAGCCCAUCCACCUCUCACAGCACUCCCAGCUUCACGCACUCAAGCAGCCACCCCACCUACAGCACACCCACAACUGUCACCUCCUCACCCGCCACUAGCUUGGACACCACGGAGACAUCCACAUCCACAACCCAGUCUUCACUCCGCACACACCCACCCACCAUCCCAACCACAAGUCUCCCCACGUCCUCCCUGGGCAGCACAGACAGCACCUCCAGCCACACGGCUCCCAGCACUGCACACACCCUCAGCCACACCAGCCUGUCCUCCUCCUCCAUGCAUAGCGCACAGACACCUCAACCUGACAGCACAGCUCUGACCCUGACCCCAGGCUUGACAACUACUCUCACAGGUGCUGGAAGCACGAUUACCCUUGCUACCAGCGUUCCAGGUACACCUGACACAUCAAUUACAAUGUCUGUAUCUCCUUUAUUGACCUCUGUCUCACAGACACCAAAUUCUCCUGCACCCUCGGAGUUUCCGGCUGAUGCUAGUGACUCCUCUCCUACUUUGUCCUCCCUUACUCAGACCCCAUCAUUACCCCUCAGCAGUCUCACACCGUCAUCAGACGUCCCUGUUACAAAUACCAGGUUGUCUACUCCUAAGACCUCUGUAUCCACUCCCAUUUUUCUGACCUCAGUCACUUCUUCAGGUGAGUCCAGCACAGAAUGGUUCCCUCAGGGAAGCACGUCUACAAAUGCCGUGAUCACAUCCAUUGGUACUCUGAUCCCCUCCACUCCGUCAGUUGUAAUGUCCUCUCCUCCUCCUUCCAUCAGCAGUGACCUAGUGCUCACAUCUGCCAGUGCCACUGCCACC